GUAUUUGGAAGUGUUUACGGCUCGCCGGUCGGGGUUAUUUGAAGUCUUUUAGGCGGUUCCGUUUAGUUGCCGUUUUCGUCAUUGCCAUGUUUCUGACGGUGGUCAAUUUGGCCAAGAAAACCAAAUCAAAGUAUAUACUUGUGAGAAUGGUCAGUGAAGCAGGAACAGGUUAUUCUUUUAAUGUAAAAAGACUCCGACUUGAAGACAAGCUGGUAAUGCUAAGAUAUGAUCGCAUUGUCAAACAGAAAGUCCUCUUCAAAGAGCAUAAAAAGAUCUGUUCUGUGAACUGAUGCUUAGCAAAGAAGAUUUGUGAAGAUGUAUACAAGGAAAUACGAAGUUGGCAAUGCUGAAAAGAGAAAAUGAACUGAGAUGGUCAAAGCCAAUUGUAAAUAAAAACAUCAUGGAAAAUUACUGAUAUUUAGAGAUGGAUCUUCAUCAAUUAUUUUGUUUUCACACUUGUGAAUUAAAAUUCUGAAUCCAUUG